AUGUCGGUAAAUCCACUUGACAAUGAAGGUGAAGUGGAAGAGGGAACCCGAGACCUUGGAGUCGAAGACUGGGAUAAUAUAAAUGUUGUUGGUACUUCAAAUGAGUGGACUGCAUUUAGGGAUAAUUUAGCACAAUCUAUCGGCUUCGGAUACGAUAGUGUAAAGCAUUGUGUGGUUGCUGAAGACCAAGUUUGGGAGUUGUAUCUUCAGGUCCAUAAAAGGGCGGGAAAAUGGAAGAACAAAGCGUAUCCAUUUUAUGAGGAUCUUUGUAUUGUAUUUGGAAAAGAUCGGACUCAAGGAAAUAGAGCAAGAGAUUUUGUUGAGGCGGAAGAAGAGGUGCGUAUAGAAGAUCAAACACAAUACAUGAAUGACGAGUCUAAUGGUGUGAUGGCAACUAGCAAUAUUCAAGGUGGCAAUGCAAAUAUGCAAUUUGAAAGAACUUCAAGUGGGCGUGGUAAGAAGAGAAAACGUCGAGUAGAUCCCAUGGCUGACAUAUUCAGGAAUGCGACAUUGGCCCAACCAGAGAAGUUUAAAGUAAUUUUAAUGAUAAGAGACGAUCCUGAAAAAGUGAACAUGUUUUGGGACUUGCAAAAAGCAGAUAGGGAAGCUUAUGUGAAUUGGGUUUUGAAUGAAUGA